UCUGCUUUUCAUGUAGCUUCUACUUUCUGUGAAGCAGUCCUUCGUCGUAGUUUUCGCUCUUGUGCAGUACCCCGGAAAAUUGCGAAAAAAAAUUGCAGAAAAUCGUAUUGAAUCUUGUGUUUCGGGUGCCAAAUAUCGUGAAAGAGUGUUCUUCCGAAUCCCAUGUCAUUCAUAGUGUAUUUAUUUGACGGAAAUAGCAAGUAAAAGUGCGUAAAUUCUCUAACCUAACGAAAGAGAAAACUGCCGAGCUGCAGCCGCAGUUUGAGCUCCACACGGCAAAUAGUCGCUGCCCCUUUUCUGCUGUACCUUUUCUGCUGUACCUAUUACAUUUUGACAGCAAAAAAUUCGCAAAUAAUGGCCAUUUCUGGUUAUUAAUUUCAAUUUCGUGCGACAAUUCUUAUUUUUUGUGAAUUAAAGCGGAAGGCUAUAUUUUGUUUCGGGUGCACAUUUGGGAUUUUGUUGAUAAAUCAGCCGAACAACAGACAGAAACCCUACUUUUCCACGGUAUAACUAACGAUGGAUAGUCCCUGUGAGUCGGAAAGCUCACUGGACGGUGGAGCCAUGCUGCCACCCAGUCCAGUCUCCCGGGAACAGUUACAGAAGCGCAUCGAAAGCCUAACACAACAGAACAAAGUCCUAAAAGUUGAACUUGAAACCUACAAGAUACGUGUUAAGGUUAUCCAAGAGGAGAAUCGUUCGCUUCGCCAGGCCUCUGUUAUCAUUCAAGCAAAGGCCGAACAAGAGGAAGAAUACAUCUCCAACACGUUGCUAAAGAAGAUCCAGGCACUGAAGAAAGAGAAGGAAACACUUGCUCAUCACUACGAACGCGAAGAGGAAUGUCUAACCAAUGAUCUGUCGCGCAAGUUGGACCAGCUACGCCAGGAAAAAUGUAAACUCGAAUUAACGCUUGAGCAAGAGCAGGAAUGUCUGGUCAACAAGCUGAUGCGAAAAAUUGAAAAACUGGAAGCGGAAACGUCCGCGAAACAGAACCAUCUGGAACAGCUGCGACGAGAGAUGGUUGAGUUGGAGAAUACACUGGAGCAGGAACAGGAGGCUCUCGUCAACAAAUUGUGGAAGCGUAUGGAUAAGCUGGAAGCGGAAAAACGUUCACUGCAGAUCAAACUCGAUCAACCCGUAUCAGAUCCCACUAGUCCGAAGGAAAUCAAUCACCGUAACGAGAACGGUAGCGAUACUGCCUCACAACUUACAGCACACAUUCAGAACCUACGCUCGGAGGUAGAUCAGCUCCGCGGAAAUUUAGCCGCCGCGGAAAAGGAGAGCAAGGAGAAAUCUCAACAAUUUGCUCAGGAAGAAAAGUGUAUUCGAGACGAGAAUAAGCGUCUACAAAGGAAAUUACAGCAAGAAGUGGAACGCCGCGAAGCACUCUCCCGGCAUUUGUCCGAGUCGGAAUCGUCCCUGGAGUUUGAGGAGGAGCGCUUGUUCAAUGAAAGUGUUUCAGCUUUUGGUGGUGCUGGUAGCAGCAGUAAUCGACCACUCAGUCCCGGAGCACUGACAAGAUGCCACGCAUGCGGUCAAUUAGUUACUCGUCGGACCAGCGAGCGGUUCAUCAAACCUGCGAUUCCACUUGGUCUCAACACAUCUGCUCCGAAUGUGUUGCAUCAUCACAACAGCAUGGGUGGUCACUGCCAUCCUGGAGCUGGCAGUGGCAGCGGUCACUUCCCCAUGCUUUCCACUAGUGCUGGUACUGGCGGUGGCGGUGGUGGUGCAAAUACUUCCCUUAAUAGUAGCGUUUCGUCAUCCUCAACAUACAACACAAGCAGCAACAUUUCCUUCAGCGGAAAUUCGUCCUUUGUGCAGCCGGCCAGUCCAAUGGAUACCUCAAUGUGUAAGGACUAACUGCAUACAUUUACUGUAAUCAAAUCCGACGAGAUGAACCAUCUCCUGUGCGAUUGAUAUGCUCGCAGAAGAGUGAAAAUAAUAAAAACCAAGUCAACAUGCAAGAAUCGAUAAAGAGCUACAUGAAUGCCCUCACUGUUACUGAUUUACUAUUUCUUAUAUCUAUUAUUUACGGAUUAGUCAUAUAUACAUAUAUUUUGUAAAACAAAAUUCUCCGAUUCAAAUGCGCAUGGCUGCAGUAGUGGACAAUGCACCGAAAAUACGAAAAGAAGUGAAAUGGGUGCGUUGCGGUGUUUGUUCAGCACUAGCCGAGCUUAGGGUGAUAGUGUGUUAGGAUCAAUCUCAUUUAUAUUGAAGUUAAUUUUGAUAAAAUAACACCAGAAGACGGGCUAACUGAAUUCGGAAGGUAAUUUUUAUUAAGCUCAAAGACAUUUUCCUAGACCGGCGUUACGGGUCACUUGGUUGAAUGCUGUUGGUGGCAAUUGUAUGGCAUGAGAGUGAAUUUUUAAGAUUCGCAUUCAUUUUUGAAAGCAAUGAAACCUGUAGUGUAAAAUAUUCUAACUUUAGUUUUCGGGGUCCCAGUGAAAUGGUCCCUCUUGGAAAUGCAAGAAAAGAUUCCGUAGGCGCCAGGUCAGAACAAAGUGUUGUAAAAAUUUGAAUGGAUACCACGAGUCUUUGCAAUACAAUCGAUCGCAGUUCUUCAUAGGAGGCCAAUUCUGGACACAACGUAAAUUCGAUCAAGAAAUUGUUUAACGAUUAUUUGGCUUGUUUUUUUCAGUUAUCUUGAUAAGACACAAAAAUGCCAUAGUUACUUGAUAAACAAUCUUCGAUGUGAAAUGAACGAGAAAUGUAAGAAUGGUUCAUUAUGCCCCGUAAUAAUAUUCAACCAACUGAAUUGAUUAACAGAUUCAUUCGCUUAAUGGUGUUGAAACUAUACCCAUAGUUACUUAUUGCCAAGCAAUCUAUCCUUUCUUUGCACAGUCAAGUUGUCCUAACACACGCUGGGUGUUAUAAAGACAAUUUAUAUUUAAUAUUUCGCCAAUGAAUGUCGUACUAUAAAAUUAAAGCGCAGUGAAGUUACAGCAAGAAACUAUUACCUACUACUAGAGGAAUUUUAAAAUGUUGCUAGUUAUCGUUACCAAACACAUUGGAUGUGCUGCUCAGAAUGAUGAACAUAUUUGAAACGAGUAGAGUAAAAAUGACAGUAUAAGCAAGGUAAUUGGGCAUAGAUUUGAUUCCGAUUGAGGGCAGCGAUAAGAAGUAUCGAUUUUGCAGCUUUCCAGGAAUUGGAUACUAGAACAGAACAGGAGAGUACUUAUUAACACACAUACAUGUAAACAGCACGAACGAAAUAUGAUUUUUUUUUCAUCUUACUAGAAACACAAAAAGCUCAUAAGAAAAAUGCGCAUCAGCUAAUGUAAUAUUCAAGAGAAAGGCUAAAAUAAACAACUUCUAUAACUGAUCAUACCUAACCUUAGUAAUGCCAGAAGUAAAUGCUACUCCGCAAAAACCUUUACGCUAAAAAAGGACAGAAAUACACGCAAGCAUGAUUGUUAAAUUAUCAACAUUCGUCAAAAACACGUACGGAUUUCAAACGUAUCCUUUAUGAAGUCGGAGCCAACAAGCAAGUGUAGGGUUUACAGUAUAGUCGAAUAGAUAGUAUGAAGCUAGUAUAAAACAUUACAUACUGUUUUCUCUUUCACUCUCUUCUAUGCGUUAUUGAAUGCUUAUAGAACUGCUACACAAACAAUGAUAAACACGAAACUGACACACAAACAUCAAACUUCUAAUUCAUACUUCGUAUGUAGAUCAAAGAUUAUAAUGGGUAAUGCAAGAAUGAGGUAAACCAGCUUCUACUGCUCGCGAAUUAUUGGGCAAUUUGAACCGUAGUGAAGAGUGAAAGAGACGCAACAACAAAAACAGAUUUUAUGUGAGUUUGCUAUAUUUUUUUUAUUAAAGUUUCUCGUUAUUAACCAUUAGCCGCCAUACGCAUCAAGCACUUUGUCGAAUAUAAUUCAUUUACGAGUUGGCUCAUCAUCAAACAAUCUUGCAAAUUCAGAUUUCAGUCAGAAGUAUCCUAACAUUGAUCAUAGCUAUAGUCAAAGCACCCGACUUCUAUGGCAUUGGCCACAAAAAUCAUGAUGAUGUGUUUCAUGCGUAUGCGGCUCAGAUUGUGUCGCGUAAACUGUAUCCUGUUCGUUCACAAUCAUCGAUCAAUGUAACUUUUGGCGCCAGCAUCAAAAUCCAAUCUAAAAUCGCAAGAUAAUAAAGCAAAUAUUUCAGUGUAUUUUAGCAAAGUUUUCGAAAACUAGCGGCAAUGGAAUUUUGUGAAUCGAACUGUAUUUUUUCAAAUGUGAACAAAAUUUUGCCUGUCAGCUUACGCUAAACCUAUUAUUAUAAUUUUUACAAUACAGGAUAAUUGAUGAAUAAAUAAUCGUAAUAAACGUUA